AUGGCCGCGGCAUCAUUGGAUAUUGCCGCUGUCGGCCUCAUCGCCUGGGCUACCUUCAAUGUAUCGGGCAGCGAGGUUGCCGCGACCCUCUUCCCCAAUGACAUGAUGAUGCUUGCUUCGUCGUGCGGCCUCGUGACCUCAGACAACGACGCAAAUCCUCUUCUAUACCGUGUCGAGGACAAUCUUCUCACUAUCCGGGUCGGCGUGAAGGAGAAGAUUAGCAAUGGGACUCUCAGAUUGUUACAACUUCUACCCGGAGGAGACUCCGCUCCUACAUACAAAAGUUAUCUGCCAAUCCAUCUAGGCACUACAACGGUGAAGCUCAGCCCAUACGGGAUCUUUUGCGUCAACGGCUGGAAAUUUUGUGGCACAGAAAGAGACCUGACAAGCAUGACGGUGGACAACAUCAGUCUCGCCCUUGCAUGCCAGAACACUUCGGAGGGAGAUUCAAAUGCUGCGGUAUUUUUGAAUGACCUCUACGCCACUCUCAAGUCUACCGAUGGCGCAAUAAUGUUGAAACCAGAUCUGAGCCUCAGCCUCGCCCUUACUCUCUGUGUUCGCGACACUAAAGACGACAUCAUGAAAUCCAGUUCAUUCACGGCGAAUACAGUCAGUCCUGAGAGAGCUAAGCACGACAUUAGUCACGAUUAUUUAGCGGCACAUUGCAGUGACUAA